AUGCAAGCUGAUCUUUCUCGAAGUUCUGUCGAAAUUCCAAUCCACCACUAUGUCCUAAAACGGUUAGUUGGACAAUUAAGCAGUAUUUUAACAAGCCUGCAACUACAGAAAACUCGAAUUGGAAUGACUAUCAACGAUUUGCGCAAGAAAACGUCAGAUGAAAAGCUGGCGAAGAAAGCAAAAAAUCUCAUCAAAGAGUGGAAAAAUUUAGUGGACAAACGCGAAGACAAGAAAAGAAAAGGCACCUAA